AUGGUCAUCACCCUGGGCCAUAAGCAGGAGGAGAAUGGACAUGGCGAGCAGCCUGCCAACCACAGCGCAGGGGAGCGCUUUGUGCUGCUGGGCUUCCUGGACUGGCCCUGGCUGCAGCCCGUGCUCUUCUCGUCGGUGCUUUUCUGCUACCUCCUGACGCUCGCAGGCAACGCUGCGCUGGUGCUGCUGGCUGUGCGCGACCCGCGCCUGCACACGCCCAUGUACUACUUCCUGUGCCACCUGGCCCUGGUGGACGUUGGCUUCACCUCGAGCGUGGUGCCACCGCUGCUGGUCACCCUGCGCGGCCGAGCGCUGUGGCUGCAGCGCGGCGGCUGCAUGGCCCAGCUGUACACGUCGCUGGCGCUGGGCUCGGCCGAGUGCGUCCUCCUGGCGGUGAUGGCGCUGGACCGCGCGGCCGCCGUGUGCCGCCCCCUGCGCUACGCGGGGCUGGCGGCGCCCAGACUGUGCCGCGCGCUGGCGGCCGCCUCCUGGCUGGGCGGCCUCACCAACUCGGCCGCGCAAACUGCGCUGCUGGCCGCGCGGCCGCUGUGCCCACCCUACCGCCUGGACCACUUCAUCUGCGAGCUGCCCGCGCUGCUCCAGCUGGCCUGCGGUGGCGGCCGCGAUGCCACGGAGCGGCAGAUGUUCGCUGCCCGCGUGGUCAUCCUGCUGGUGCCGUCCACCGUGAUCCUGGCCUCCUAUGGGGCGGUGGCGCGCGCCGUGUGGGGCAUGCGCGCCAGCGGGGGCCGCAGGAAAGCCUUGGGCACCUGCGGGUCGCACCUGACCGCGGUCUGCCUGUUCUAUGGCUCAGCCAUCUACACCUACCUGCAGCCUGCGCACAGCUACAGCCAGGGACGGGGCAAGUUUGUUUCCCUCUUCUACACUGUGGUCACACCGGCCCUCAACCCACUCAUCUACACCCUCAGGAAUAAGGAAGUGAAGGGCGCAGCCAGGAGACUCCUGGCGCGAGGGCAGGCUGGACAGUGA